CUCCUUCCUCCUUCUUCCCCCCCAAAAUUUGUUUGUUUGUUUUUCUGUCGGGAGGGAGAGAGAGAGAGACCGAUGGGGCGGUCGCCGUGCUGCGAGAAGGCGCACACCAACAAGGGCGCGUGGACCAAGGAGGAGGACCAGCGCCUCAUCGCCCACAUCAAGGACCAUGGCGAUGGCUGCUGGAGAUCCCUCCCCAAAGCCGCAGGUCUGCAGCGGUGCGGGAAGAGCUGCAGGCUGCGGUGGAUCAACUACCUGCGGCCGGACCUGAAGCGGGGGCACUUCACCGAGGAGGAGGACAACGUCAUCAUCAGGCUCCACGAGGCCAUCGGCAACAAGUGGUCGCUCAUCGCCGGGAAGCUGCCGGGGCGGACGGACAACGAGAUCAAGAACUACUGGAACACGCACGUCAAGCGCAAGCUCAUCGCCCAGGGCAUCGACCCGCUCACCCACCUCCCCCUCAAUGCCGCCAACCCCGGGCCCCCUGGAGCCGCCCACCGCCGCCGUGCCUUCCCUGCCCCGCUUGCAGGAGGGGGCUCCGCCAGCUGCUCGCGCUCGCGGGACGCCGCCGGAAGCAGCGAGGACGACGACAGCGGCUCCUUGGGGAACCUCGACCUCGACCUCAACCUCUCCAUCAGCCCGCCCUGCGUGCACUACCCGGCGUCUUCUUCUUCCUCCCCUUCCCCGCCGCCGCCUGCGAGGAUUGCUGCUGCCAUGGAUUAUGAUCCGUCCUUGGGGUACUACGCGUCCUCCGGGGUGUGCGUGUGCUUGGACCGCCUCGGGUUCCAGGGCAACGGGGAGCCCUGCAGCUUCUGCAACGGCGGCGCCUCGUCUUCUUCUUCGUCUUCCAUGCGUCCGGUGGCGAGCUCAUCCGGGGUGUUUAGGUUUGCUUAAUGCUUCGCUUCAGGGAUCGUAGAGCUGUUACUUAGCUUUAGACAGAUCGCGCAGUUCAGAGUUACUACUCUUCAGGGGAGUAAGAGAGAGAUGGAUGGAGUUAGACAGUAUGCUUUGUUGGGAACUUGAGAUGGAUGGAACAUGGAAUCGUCGUCUUUAUGUAAUUUGAUCCCGGGGAUUAAGUUCUUUUUCAAUUUGCCUUA